GGCCGGGCGGGCGCAGGAGUAGGGGCAGGCGGGUCUCUGGAGGUGGCAAUUUUCUUGGGCCCACGGCGCUUGGGAACCGGUGGAGAGGCUGGGCUGGCCUGGCUUCGGCCUCAAGCGUCGGGCAAUGGCGGCGGGGGGCAAGCUGGAGGAUGGUUCCUUGGAUCUCACCCAAAGUAUUGAAGACGACCCCCUUCUGGAUCCCCAGCAUCUACCACAUCAUUCAUUACAUGCUCAGUUCACACCAAGAUUCCAUCCGCUUCCUACGGUCAUCAUAGCAAAUCUUCUCCUGUUAAUACAUGUUGUGUUUGUUAUUUUAGCAUUUUUAACAGGUGUGCUUUGUUCUUAUCCUAAUCCAACUGAGGACAUGUGCCCAGGAAACUACACCAGCCCGCUGAAAGUCCAGACGGUCAUAAUCCUUGGAAAAGUUGUGUUGUGGAUUCUGCAUUUCCUUCUUGAACGCUACAUUCAGUAUCACCACAGCAAAGUAAGAAACCGAGGCUAUAACAUGAUCUACCAAUCAACAAGGCAUCUUAAAAGACUUGCACUAAUGAUACACUCCACUGGCAACACGGUACUUCUCCUGGUACUGUGCAUGCAGCAUUCCUUCCCCGAGCCCAGCAGGUUGUAUCUUGACCUCGUUCUAGGCAUCCUGGCCCUGGAACUGAUCUGUUCUCUGAUGUGUCUACUCAUCUACACAGUGAAAAUUUGGAAAUUUAAUAAAGCCAAACCACAGCCUGAUAUACUUGAAGAAGAAAAAGUCUAUGCUUACCCCAGCAAUAUCACGCCAGAGACUGGAUUCAGGACCACUUCAAGCCUAGAAGAAAUUGUUGAAAAGCAAGGAGACAUAAUAGUAUACCUGAAGCGACACAAUGCACUGCUGAGCAAGCGGUUGUUGGCUUUCACUUCCUCUGACCUAGAUUCUCAGCCAAGUAAAAUGUGAGAGGCUCAAGGUCAAGACAGCAAUCACAGAGGGAGCCAGAGUCAUUUAAGACUGAUGGACUACCUGACAAGCUGACAUAGGGAUUUGCAGCUUUUGUCAAGUAACAUUUUCCAAUUUUUGUUGGAAACAUGAAUUCGGUUCUCACCUGUGUGACUAUUUAUUAUGUAGGGCUUGUGAAUCAUGUGAAAAGUGCUUUGUAGAGCAUUGCUAACUCAAGAAGAAUGUCUGUUUUGUACUUUUCAAAAUUAUUUAACUGCCUGGUUUAUCCUAGAACCAAAGAUAUAAUUUAAACAUCUCCUUGGCCAACACUUCUUCCACAUGACAUAAGAACCCGGUAAUAAUUUGGCUGUUUAUUGAUGGAAUCUGACAUGACAAUGUAUUUAAAACAAAGAUUUGAUCAAACUUUUAAACUGAUGAGGAAACUUAUGUCUUGUGUUAAUAUUUCUUCCCAUGGAGCCUUAUAUGUAUUUUAUAUACUUCUGUGAUAUUGGGUGGCAGCUUGGCCCUUGUAGCUCUUAUAAAGAAUUUCCUCACUGUAGGACCAGGGUUUCACUAGUUGAUUUAUUAUGCUAACUCCUACAGUUUUCCAUUCUCUAGAAAGAAGAUAUUUCUCUGAUCAGUGUUAGACUAACCACUGCUGCCUGUCACAUCUGUAGCACCUUCCAGUGGCAACACUUAAACUUUCUCUUUAUUUUUGCCCUUAAGAAGUUACCAUGAAUUUCUAGUAUUGACUUUAUCUUCGUUGGGUCAGUAAGUUCAGUGAUAGGAAAGGGAUCUUCUGUGGCUUUAAGUUUGUCUAAAGGGGAAAAAAAGACACCUUUUUUUAGUCUUGGACUAUAUUUAAAAAUUAUGAUGGGGAUAAAAUGUCAUAUCAACUUAUAAAGAUAUUAAGUGUAUCUAAUUCUCCAGAUGAAAUGAAGCAUUUUUAUGAGCAAAUGGCAUUACUUCUCCAGUUUUCCUAGUGUGCCCCUUUUUCAAUUUGCUGUUGGCACCUUUACAUGAUGCCUUAGAAAGACUUGGUUUAAAGCUUAACAUGAGGGGAGGGGGUAUUUGUGAUAAUGUAUGAUUAUUUAUUUAUAUAUUUUUGGUAUCUAGCUAAAUAUUUGGUUUGAAAACCCUCAUGCUAUACAACUGCUUUCUGGCAAGGGAUGUAGUCGUUGGUCACACCCUCUAUUACUCAGGGAAGGAGAACACCUGUUUCGUUUAGUUACAGCCACCCGGGGUUCUAAGAGUUUCCUAAGUGUGUCAUCAGCAAGUGAUACCACUGAAUCCCCAGAAUGACAAGAUUCAUAAACUAAAGCCAAAAUUGUAUUUGCAAAAUUCA